UACUGGAUGACUCCGACGAGGAGGGCUGCCCCCGCCACCCACUAUGUCAGAGGCAGAUGAAAGCGAGCGGCAGGUGGAGACAACAAGCGCCAGCGAGCACCCACACCAAGCCACCCCCGAAGGCGAGUCUCUGGCUAGGACCAGGGCGCCACCGACACGGGUCAGAACGGCGCCCAGGCUGACCAGGCGAAGGGCGGCAGAGGCCAGGAGGACGCGGGGCAGAAUCACAGCCUCACCAAUGGACCUGAUUGGUUUUGGUUAUGCAGCCCUUGUGACAUUUGGAAGCAUUUUAGGAUAUAAGCGGAGAGGUGGUGUUCCAUCUUUGAUUGCUGGUCUUUUUGUUGGAUUUUUGGCGGGCUAUGGAGCUUACCGUGUCUCCAUCGACAAACGAGAUGUUAAACUAUCGCUGUUUACAGCUUUCUUCCUGGCCACCAUAAUGGGUGUGAGGUUUAAGCGUUCUAAGAAAGUAAUGCCUGCUGGACUGGUUGCAGGUUUAAGCCUCAUGAUGAUCCUGAGACUUGUCUUACUGUUGCUGUGAGCAUCCAGAAGACUGAAAACUAAAUUCCUAUCAUUCUACUGUAAUGGGCAGAGUCUAUACUUUAUACUUAAAAGAAAAAUUUCAAUAUAGAAUGUCGAGUCUCUUAUUUUAUGUCAAAAGCAAAAGUAAUACUGUCUCCUCUAAGGUGAACAACAGUUUGACAUUUUUUUUGUUUUUGUUUUUAUUUUUAACAGCAAAAGCUUAAACUGUUUCUAAUUGUCAAGCAAUAUUUUCAUUAAAGUUGAUCAAUGAAUCCUGAUAUACUCUUUUCAUAUGCUGUGGCUAUUUUUAUAUAUGUGGUAUUGUUUUUGACAGUUCCAAAUACUAAUGACUUAAGUAAGUUUAAAUUAAACUACAACUUACCCAAUAAAGGAAUUCCUUAUGUAGACUUCACAGAAUACUAACAUAGCUGUUUGUUACUUGUGUUAUAUCAGAAAUUUUAUUUUUUUCCAUUUUAAUUGCUUUGCUGCCAAUGUUAUUUUUCCUUUAAAAGAAUUCCUUUGUCAACAUUCUCAAACAGAAUGUAUCAGUAUUCAAAUGAAAAAAUAAAAAUGUCUUAAACCAG